CCUGCCACUACCCCCGGAUCCCCCCCACCCCACCCCAGGAGCAGCUAAAGCCGCUUUCGAGCCGGAGCCGAGCCCCUUGGAGCAACCACGUGUACCCGCAGGGAGAGGACAGGAGCCGGGGGUCUCUCACCGAAGGAAACGGUGUAACACUGGUCCCCGCUGAACCUGACUGGUCCCCACUUGACGUUGUAACGGCAGACGGAGCUGAAGUUGACCGCCUGGAAAUAGCAUUGAGAUCCUGGACAAUUCUGAAACUGACUGACUGCAAUAUUACACCAGCAGUAGUCACCAUGGCUGGGAAAGAUGAGAAUCUUUUGGCAAAUAUUAACAGUGCCUUCUUGAAACUCAGCAAGGCUGAGGAAGUGAAGAGGGACAACCUGCUUAUGAUGCAACCUUAUGCCAACUGGGAGGAGUUCCUGAUGCCAGCUCCAAUGUCAGUUGCAAUCCUCGGGGAAUUAAUCAUCAUCUCUUCCACGACUGAUUUCCCUGUAAACAAGCACACCCCAGACAGGCAAUAUCAACACAUCAAAUAUCCUGAAUCAUUCCGUACCUGCCUGAUGCAGGUCAGUAACCAGGGCUGGAAGUGUUUUAACUUGGCUCAUAAAAACAUGGACCAGAUCCGGCUUCACUCCCAGAGUGUUCCUAUGCACCUGAAGAAUGCAGUGAAGACCUUGAUGCAAGGUGAGCAGCAGAGUAUGGAGAGGUUGCUCCCUCUGCAGUUGGGCAGCAUUAAGGCUGUUGCUGAUGACUGUGUUGGCCUAGCCCAGGAGGUAGAGAAAAGCUUCUCCUCUGUUACUGACUUGAUCCAUGAGUUGCUGGAGGCUUGCACCAGCGCCAAGGGCAUGUAUGAGGAGGAAUGCAAGGUAGUUCAGCAUUCCCUGGAGGAUGCCAAACUUCGAAAGGCCACAGCAGAGAAAGAGAAGAGGCAGGCAGAUGAAUAUUUCACCAGAAUGAACAAACAGGUCGAGGAGGCCCAUGAUGCCUACAAGAGGGCACUGGAGUCUGCUCCCAGUGAGUGGGGGGUCAUGGGCAUGUUUGCCGUGGAGAAUUCAAUCAAUAUGGUCAGCAACCUGGUGAGUGGCUUCAUGUCAAUGGUGACGGCAGACCCAGUGAGCCUGUCUACCACAGUGGUGGAGACCUUGGCUAAUGUUAGCAAUGUCAUUGCUGAAAAAGUGAAGAAUAAAGAGCAAGCAAAAGCUCCCAGCCAGCAACCAGAGCUGGACCCUGUGGCUGCCAGCAGUGUGCUCUCAAAAUCCAGUGAGCUGCUGUUAGCCACUAUCAAACUUCAGGACCUGCUGUCGGAUGAUGCCAAACUGAAUCUGGAUAAACUCCUGGAUCGUGUGACUGGCAGUGUGAACUCCGACAUCUCAAGGCACAUGUUCCAGAGGAUUAAAACCGAGAUCAAUCUGGAGGAGGACUGCAGCCCCAAGGAAGCAGCGCUGACUUUGUGCAGGAAGGGCAUUGCCAUCUGUGAGAAGCUGGAGGAGAUUGGACAGUGUGAGAAGCCGAGUGAGGAGCAGAUGGAGCGGGUGGCUGUGAGGAUCGGGGAGCUCUAUGGGAAAGUGGUCAAGUUCAGUGCAGGCUGCAUGACCACCAACAACUCGACAGUACUCCCCCAGACUGCCCCAAACCUCUCCAAGGCAGCAGGGGAGCAGGAUCCUGAGGACAAGAGCAUGGUGCACACCGUGGUGACCCAGGCCAGAUUAAAGAUUGAGAAUGCCAAGGCACAUUUGGAUAACACCCGGACAGAGUAUGAGAGGAGCUUCGAAGCAAUGAAGCAGAGUAACAAGGAGCUGGAUGAAAUCCUGACUAUGAUGAGGAAAUGUCAGGUGACAAAGAUUGACUUUGAUGUGACGUUGAAGAUGUUGACCCAAGGUCUGGAUGCCUUGGGGCGGGUGAGAGAGCAAUGGACCAAGAUGAUUCGCUUCUUCGAAAUGGUUUCCAACUUGAUCCAUAUUUGCCUCACCAAAACCCUGAAAAAGUUUGUCACUGACAGUGACGAGAUCCAAGCAAUCAAGGGGUACAACCAGCAGCAACACAUCCGAGAUUUAAUUUAUGCCCAAGCCUUUCAGGCAACCAACAUAUCCCACCUGGUCAAUAUGAUCUCCAGAACCUAUGUGGAGAUUUCUAGCAAGUAUCUGAUGGACCGAGUGACCAGCCUGGGCCGGCUAAUCACCCUUGACCCUGAAGAUGCUGAAUUCCAGAGUGAACGGCAGCUGCUACAGCAAGGCUGUGCUGAGGCCCGUCAGAUGAUCAUGGAGCGGGUGCUGAGCAACAAGGAGCAGUUUGAGACUCGGAUCCAGCAGCGUAUCGAGGUCAUUGACUCGGAGUUAAAGGCAGUGCUGCCUCCUGCCUCUAAGGUGGAGUUGCAGGCAAUCGCGUGCUCCCUGAGCCAGGAAACCCAGUCCAUCUUCAGGGAGAUUACAGAGGAGGAGGACGAUGGUCAGUGGGCCUGAGGGAGCAAGGGAAGUUUCAGUGGCAAUGGAGGUUUGGAAGAAGUGUUUGGAGCCAGUGCUGAAAGGUGUGGAGCUAUGGCUGCAGCAUUUCCGGAGCUGGCAAUAUAUUUGUUUGGUUCCCUCUGUCUGUUACGGAGUUUCGGGAUUUGAAGCUUUAUUGUUGGGCUGUAACAUUCAUCUGUGAGACAGCACAGAGACCACCCCCCAGCUGGAACAGCCCCUUAUCCAUUCUGAUCCACUCUUCUACCUCUGACAGCUUAUCCAAUUGGUCAGGAAAAAGAAUUACAAGAAAUAAUGAAACAUUCCAAGCUGAAAUUAAGCAUUACUAUAUUUCUAAAGCCUGGACAAACAAUACGCAUGUUACAAUCUGUUACAGUCCACGUGUUACAAUCAAAUCCAAUGGCUGGAUCUUUCAUUAACACCAAUAUAACUGUCCAAUCAAAAGCCGAAUUGAGCUAAAAUUAUUCAGUGAAACACCCAAAUUUUUCGCUCAAACCACAGCAGCCUACUUUGACAAUGUGUGUCUGUAUAAACUUCCUACAGUAAUUUACAAAUACAGAUACCAUCAGACCCUUUUUUCAUCAUAAUAAUUCUGAGAUUUAUUUAAUAUGGCCUUCUUUCCUGCUCUCUCUCUCAUUUUAUGACCAAAGGAGACUUCAACAACCAAGGGGCACAUGGGUUGAUAGCCAAGGAGUAACAUUGUUAGACUAUUAAUUCGGGGACCUGGGUUCAAAUCUGCCACAGCAGAUGGUGGAAUUUGAAUUCAGUAAAAAUCUGGAAUUAACAGUCUAAUGGAGAGCAUGAAUCCAUUGUCAAUUGUUGGGAAAACUAAUUUGUUCACUGAUGUCCUUUAGGGACGCAAAUUGCUAUCUUUACCCCUGGUGUGGUCUACAUGUGACUCCAGACUCUCAGCAAUGUGGUUGAUUUGUAACUGCCCUCUGCACAAUUAGGGGCAGGCAAUAAAUGCCUAGCUAGUGAUGCUCACACCCUGUGAGUGAAUAAACAACAUCCAAGUGUCUUGUUAUUGACAUUUUCACAAAAGCUUGCAAUGAUAUUAAAGGUUUAUCUGGUAAAGUC